AAAGAGUUUGAGAAGAUAAUGGGCUCCUAAAUAACAGUUUCGUAGAAAGAGAUCAGUAUUGAAACUGCGUUCAUUUUUGAAUAUGUAGCAGAAGAGUGAUAACAGUUCCCAAUAGUUUUAUUCACAUCAAAAAAGGUGGUUUAAGAGUGAUUGGAGGAUAAAUCUAUCUAGUGCACCAAUUUAAUUAUCCAGGAGUUGAAUAUAAGGACACCUAAACACGACCACAGGCUGCACCGCAACCAUGACCAGUCCAGCCACAAUGAUGGCCUUCCUGACAGGCACCUUAUGGUCGACCACACUGGUUGAGGGCUCCAAACCAUGGCUGCCUCUCAACCCCGACCAGGCGCUGCUCUCUGAUUGGUCCUUCCAGCUGAUGGCCAGUGACCUGGAGUGGCCCUGCCCGGCCACCAGGAGUGUCUAUGAACAGUCAGGCCGCUACAUUCCCAAAAACAUCAUCGUGUCCAAAGUGCAGAUGCAUAGAGACUGGGCACUGCUGUUGACUCCCCGCUAUCGGUCUGGGGUGCCUUUCACCAUAGGAAAGGUGAACCUGAGAACAGCGAACAAAUGUCGUCCGCGGAUCGCUCCGUUUCCCUGCUGGGAGAUGCACGAGGAAGGCAGUCCAGAUGCCAUACAGAAUGCAGUCGACAUCUUCCUGGACCACAAGGGUGUUCUGUGGGUGCUCGACUCUGGAGUGGUGAAUACUCUCGACACGCCUGUCAGGAGAGCCUCACCCAAGGUGUGGGCGUUCGAUGCCGACACUGGCAAGCUGCUGAAAACGAUCAACCUCAACCAGCUAGUCUGCACGGUGAGUCGCCUCCAGUACUUAGUGGUCGAAUACGGAUCAGACGGACGCGCAUUCCUAUACAUCAGCGACGCAGCGACUCGCGCGAUUAUCGUCUGGAACGUCGCUGACGCGUCAGGGUACCGUGUCGUCCUCCCUACAGCCACCACCAUGGACUGCGGACGUCGGGACGUCCUCUACUUAGCUCUGGUCAAGAGGCCGCUCGGACCUUCCCGGCUCUAUUUCACAUAUUUGUCAGCUAAGCAUCUGUUCGCAAUCGAUACUGAUUGUCUGAGACGCAAAUCUGCCAAUGGAACAGUUAUAGAUGUUGGACUGAAACCUACCAAGUUUGUGCUGCUCGGCACUGAUAAUGGGCUGAACUUAUUCUUCAGGUACCGUGGACAGUCCGACAUCUGGAUGUGGAACACCGAAACAGGUUUCAAGGCUAGUAACUUUAUUGCCGUGCAAGAGGGAGGGGACUGCCGCCUAGCUACCCAGGUUCUGCCCGGGUUUAGGAGGUUGAAAUGGGUCCUCGAGUCCAAUUUCCACGACUACCUGGCAGGGACAACGGGAGGCAUGGGUGCUAAUGUACGACUCCAUCCAUUGGUCAAGAGUGGUUGUGACUGUUUCUAAUUGUUCAUUGAUCACUGAUUGAUUGAUAAGUGAUAAUAUAUCUUCAUCCGUGAUAAGUGAUCUGAUGAGUGAUAAUCAUCUGAAUUUGAUAAGUGACAUCGUAUUCAAUAAAUUACACUGUAACGAAUUUGAAUUAGAUUUAUAGUGCUAAUGAAAGUUUGGCUGAUUUUCUUGAGAGCGGAUGCAAUUUGUUCUCCGAUUUAUAGAGAAUGACAUUCGAUUCAAAAAAGCGCCUGCAUGAGAUUCAGUAAAUGAUGACAUUCAAUUGAAUAAGUUAUGUUGUAUUGGAUUUGAAGUGAUCGUGAACAGCUCCAAGUGGAAUGUGUUACCAAUAAUCUAAUAAAUUAUGGUUUUAAAUUAAUUUGAUAAGUGACGUAGGGUUGAUUCAAUACGGUAUAGGAUUCCAUUGGGUUUGAAGGGACUUUGAACAGUUUCAUGUGAUGUGGAAUGAUAUUCUACAAUGUAAAUGAAAUGUUUACACUGACUAAUGAAUAUUGAUUGACAUGGUAUUGAGUUUGAAGAGACAGAAAACAUUUCUGUCACUCCAUUUUGUUUCAUUCAGGAUGAAAUAAUGUGGAUUGUGUAUGAAUUGUGAGCACAAAUGUGAUAACCCUUGCGAAAAUAUCAUUCAAAACAAAGUCUCAGAAAACCUUUUACUAUCAAUUGUAUAAAAUGGGGAAUUUGUGAUAAUAUUAAAAAUAUUGAUCAAGUAUGAGAGAGUGAAUAUUAUGCAAUAUGAAGAUUGAGAGCAAGGAUGUAUUAGAAGUGGAGAAAUGCAUGUGAAAGAACGGAAGGUAUGGAGAGAAAAAAAGAAUAUAGUGAUGAUGAAAAAAUGUGUUUGAGAGGAAAAGAGUGACAUGCGAACAUGUGUUAAAUGAGAAAGCAGUAUUAGAUUGAAAAAAAUAAAUUAUAAUAUCCUUUGCUAUUUGGAGAGUGGAAAACUGUGGAGAGAAUUGGAUGAAUAUAGUAUGCUACGAAUGCCAUAAACAGAGGGAAAAAUUGGAGAGUAGGUAUUAAAUGAAGGAAAGUGUGAAUUGUAUUAAGAGUAUAAUUUGAGUAUGAAUGGGACCUAGAGUAUGGAGGGUAGGAUUAAUAAAUAAACUCACUUUUUUCAAGAAUGAUAUCAUGAUUAAUAUUUAUAACUCAAAUAUUAUUAAAUAAAUAACUUGGUCCAUGUUUGUAAAUAUAGAAUAGUAUUAUGUCUAGCUAAAGUUAAUGAUAAAUAUUGAUACGAAUGUAUUCUCAAUGAUUUGGAAUCACUUGAGGACUUGUAGUGCUUUUGAAUUUGUACAUUAUAUUGUUGAUUUUACAUGUUAAUAAUA